AUGAAAGUUUACCAACAAGUUUGGUUUCCCACAUUAAUCAUUGCCAUUAAGAAUGAAAGCCUGGGACCAGUUCAGCGGAAAUUAGGAUCAAGCAUGGCGGCGAUUGAGAUUCCGCUUCGGGACACAGAUGAGAUCAUAGAACUUGGUCUCGACCAGCUUCCAGAGGGCGAGGAAGUUCUUAGUAUUUUGAGACAGGAAGUUGCACCACUCCAUAUUUGGUUUACACUAGCUCUUGAAUAUUAUAAACAGAAUCUUAUAGAAGAUUUUGUCAAAAUCCUCGAUGCCUCAAGAACAGAUGCUGGCCUGGACUACCCUAAUAGCGAGAAAGAUCAAAUGAAGGCGUUAGAUACGCUGGCUGCGUACUAUGUACAAAAGGCUCACAGAGAGAAGAACAAGGAUCGGAAGAGGGAGCUGUUUACGCAGGCAACAUUGUUAUACACUACAGCUGAUAAAAUCAUCAUGUACGACCAGAAUCAUUUACUGGGACGUGCUUACUUUUGUUUGCUGGAAGGAGAUAAGAUGGACCAGGCCGAUGCUCAGUUUAACUUUGUGUUGGGCCAGGCAACCAAUAACAUCCCUUCAUUACUGGGGAAGGCGUGUAUUGCAUUCAACAAGAAGGAGUUUCGUGGUGCACUUGCUUAUUAUAAAAGAGCAUUACGAACAAACCCUAAUUGUCCUGCAUCUGUCCGUCUGGGUAUGGGGCAUUGCUUUAUAAAGCUGAACAAGGGAGAAAAAGCCAGGAUGGCAUUUGAGAGAGCUCUACAAUUAGAUCACCAGUGUGUAGGUGCCCUGGUGGGAUUGGCCAUUUUGGAGCUGAAUGCUAAGACGCAGGACUCGAUCAAAAAUGGUGUGCAGUUGUUGUCUAAAGCUUACAACAUUGACUCGACAAAUCCCAUGGUCCUUAAUCAUCUAGCCAACCAUUUCUUCUAUAAAAAGGAUUAUAAAAAAGUUCAGCAUCUGGCUCUCCAUGCUUUCCACAACACUGAGAAUGAAGCAAUGCGUGCUGAGAGCUGUUACCAAUUAGCAAGAGCUUUCCAUGUUCAGGAGGAUUAUGACCAAGCUUUCCAGUAUUACUACCAGGCCACACAAUUUGCUUCCCCUAACUUUGUGUUACCUUUCUUUGGUCUGGGACAGAUGUAUAUCUAUAGAGGGGACAAUGAAAAUGCUUCACAAUGUUUUGAGAAAGUACUAAAAGCCCAGUCGAACAAUUACGAAGCCAUGAAAAUUUUAGGCUCACUUUACUCCAGUUCUCCCGAUCAGACAAGAAAGGACACUGCGAAGGCACAUCUGAAGAAAGUUACCGAACAAUUUCCCGAUGAUUUAGAAGGAAAUAUUUAUACUGCAUCAUUGGAAACGUUCAAGGGCCGAAGCUAUCAUGAUGAGACAUAUUUUAGUGCAAUAUCCGUGACAACCACGUACAAUCUUGCUCGUCUUCACGAAGCUACUCACGAGUACGACGAAGCCGAGAGACUUUAUAAAAAUAUCCUCCGUGAACAUCCCAACUAUGUCGACUGUUAUUUACGACUUGGAUGUAUGGCAAGAGAUAGAGGACAAAUUUACGAGGCCUCCGAUUGGUUUAAAGAAGCUUUACAAAUUAAUCAGGAUCACCCAGAUGCUUGGUCGUUGAUUGGUAAUCUUCAUCUUGCCAAACAAGAAUGGGGUCCGGGACAGAAGAAAUUUGAGCGUAUCUUAGCUCGACCAGCGACCAAGGACGAUGCAUAUUCUCUUAUCGCCCUGGGUAACGUCUGGCUGCAAACAUUACACAUGCCAAUGAAGGACAAAGAUAAGCAAAAGCGUCAUCAAGAUCGGGCAUUGGCCAUGUAUAAACAAGUCCUUAGAAAUGAUGACAGAAACAUCUGGGCUGCCAAUGGAAUAGGUUGUGUACUUGCACAUAAAGGCUGUAUAAACGAAGCAAGAGACGUGUUUGCCCAGGUUAGAGAAGCUACAGCAGAUUUCUGUGAUGUAUGGUUGAAUAUUGCUCACAUCUACGUGGAACAGAAACAAUAUGUGGCAGCUGUCCAGAUGUACGAAAAUUGUCUUAAGAAAUUUUUCAAAUACCACAACACAGAGGUGAUGGUUUAUUUAGCGAGGGCCUACUACAAGUGUGGAAAGCUGAGAGAAUGUAAAAAUAUAUUACUCAAGGCACGGCACGUCUCGCCCAGUGAUACUGUUUUGUUGUAUAACAUUGCCUUGGUGCAGCAGAAGCUUGCGACGUCCAUAUUGAAAGAUGAAAAAAGUAACUUAAAAACCGUAUUGUCUGCGGUCAGAGAUUUGGAGCUAGCCCACAGAUACUUUUCUUACCUUAGUCAUCAUGGUGAUAGGAUGAAGUUUGAUCUUGCCCAAGCAGCCACUGAGGCCAGGCAGUGCUCCGAUUUGUUGAGUCAGGCACAAUAUCACGUGGCUCGUGCAAGGAAGAUUGACGAGGAAGAGCAGGAGUUACGUAAACAUCGCGAGGAGGAACGUGAAGCCAUACGUCAGAAAUACAAAGAGGAGCAGCUUCAGAAACAGAAGAAGAAGGAAGAGUUAUCGAAGAUGAUGAUGGAGAAGAGACAGAUUUACGUCGACAAAGCGAAACAGAUUGCGCUCGCACCAGAACCGGAAGAGAGACGGUCGACUAAGUCAAAGAAAAAACGAGCAGAUGAUGGAGAGAUCUUGUCUGAGGGAAGUGAAGAUGAACGGCCUAGAAGCAAGAAGAAACGAGGACGUAAACCGCGUAGCGGGUCAGAUAGUGACGGUGAUGACGAGGAAAGGUCAAGUAAACGUAAAAGGAAGGAUAAAGGUGAUAGAAAGCCGCGGGAGAGGAAGCGGAAAGAACCGAAAGAGUCUAAACGUAAGAAGAAGAUCCUUGACGAGGACGGGCUGACGGCUAAACAGAGGAGAAAGAUCGUUUCCAAGGCAACCAUUUCAUCUAGUGAAGGGUCUGACUCUGAAGGUGAAAAGCUAAAAAUAGACGUUGGCGGCGAUAGUGGAAGUGAUGAUGAAGGUGGAAAUGUCGGUAAAAGGCGUAGGAUUUUGUCGUCCGGCAGCGAGAGUGAUGAAGGCUCAGUACAUAGAUCUAGGUCAAGGUCGCAAUCUGGAAGUAGGUCAGGAUCUGGAAGUAGAUCGAGAAGUCGAUCUGGAAGUAGGUCAGUCAGCAGAAGUAGGUCAAGAUCAGCGAGUGGGUCAAGGUCUGGCUCAGCUGGUUCAAGGAAAUCACGGUCACGCUCUGGAAGUAGGUCAAGGUCAGGCAGUCCAGCAGGAUCAGCAAGGUCAAGGUCAGGUAGUCCAGCUAGAUCUGGGAGUGGAAGGUCAAGGUCACCUAGUCCUGCUGGGUCACAGAGGUCAGGUUCAGGUAGUCCAGGUCAAAGGUCAAGAUCAGGGUCACCAGCAUCACCGGCAGGGUCAGGGAGUGGGGGAGAUUGAAAAAGUUAUAUAAAAUAUGAA